AUGAAGGUACACGAGACGAGAUCUCAUGCACACAUGUCUGGAGACGAACAGAAAAAGGGAAACUUGAGAAAGCACAAAGCAGAAGGGAAGGUUCAAGAAGGUGAACAGUCUCAGAAGAAGGCAAAGUCGGAAAACGAUAACGGUCGUACCGUUGACGGCGCCGGAGAUGUUGCGUCGGAGUAUAACGAGUUUUGCAAAGUGGUCGAGGAGAAUCUUUCCGUUGAUCAGAUUAAAGAAGUUCUUGAAACCAACGGUCAAGAUUCUUCUACUCCUCAAGAGAUCUUGCUAGCUCAAUGCCAGGAUUUGCUGUUUUAUGGAGCCUUAGCCAAAUGUCCUUUAUGUGGAGGAAAUUUGAUAUGCGAUAAUGAAAAGAGAUUUAUCUGUGGAGGUGAGCUUAGUGAGUGGUGUAGUUGCGUGUACAGCACGAAAAAUCCACCUAGAAAAGAUGAGCCAAUCAAAAUCCCUGAUUCAGUCAUGAAUUCUGAUAUAUCUGAUUUAAUCAAGAAACACCAGGACCCGAAAAGUCGACCUAAAAGAGAGUUAGGCUCUGCUGAUAAACCCUUCACCGGAAUGAUGAUAUCUCUUAUGGGACGUCUCACGAGAACACAUCAAUAUUGGAAGAAAAAGAUCGAGAGACAUGGAGGGAAAGUCUCCAACUCUGUUCAGGGAGUAACGUGUUUGGUUGUCUCGCCGGCUGAAAGAGAACGAGGUGGUUCCUCGAAAAUGGUGGAAGCAAUGGAACGAGGUUUACCUGUUGUGAGCGAAGCAUGGUUGAUCGAUAGUGUGGAGAAGCAAGAAGCUCAGCCACUUGAAGCUUAUGACGUGGUUAGUGAUCUUUCAGUGGAAGGGAAAGGAAUCCCAUGGGAUAAGCAAGAUCCAAGCGAGGAGGCAAUUGAAUCUUUAUCGGCCGAGCUCAAAAUGUAUGGGAAAAGAGGAGUCUACAAGGACACGAAACUUCAGGAGAAAGGAGGGACAAUUUUCGAAAAAGAUGGUCUUUUGUAUAAUUGUGCCUUCUCAUUAUGCGACUUGGGAAAAGGACGUAACGAGUAUUGUAUUAUGCAACUAGUCACGGUACCGGAGAGUAACCUGAAUAUGUACUACAAGAGAGGGAAAGUUGGAGAUGACGCUAAUGCAGAAGAGCGGCUCGAGGAAUGGGAGGACGAAGAAGCUGCGAUCAAAGAGUUUGUGAGGCUCUUUGAGGAGAUAACAGGGAAUGAAUUUGAUCCAUGGGAACGUGAGAAGAAGAUUCAAAAGAAGCCUCAUAAAUUUUUUCCAAUUGAUAUGGAUGAUGGUAUCGAAGUGAGAAGUGGGGCGCUUGGUCUAAGGCAGCUUGGUGUUGCUGCAGCUCAUUGCAAGCUUGAUUCAUUUGUUGCCAACUUCAUUAAAGUUCUAUGUGGUCAAGAGAUCUACAAAUAUGCUUUAAUGGAGCUUGGUUUGGAUCCACCUGAUCUCCCUAUUGGAAUGCUAACUGAUAUCCACAUGAAACGAUGCGAAGAAGUAUUACUGGAGUUUGUCGAGAAGCUUAAGACAACGAAGGAGACAGGUCAGAAAGCCGAGGCAAUGUGGGCGGAUUUUAGCUCACGGUGGUUCUCUUUGAUGUACAGCACAAGGCCGAUGCGAUUGCAUGACGUCCAUGAACUCGCCGACCAUGCGGCGUCUGCUUUUGAGACGGUCAGGGACAUAAACACAGCUUCUCGAUUGAUAGGGGACAUGCGAGGAGACACACUUGAUGACCCAUUGUCUGACCGGUACAAGAAACUUGGCUGCAAGAUUUCUGUGGUAGACAAAGAGUCGGAAGAUUACAAGAUGAUUGUGAAGUACCUCGAAACAACUUAUGAGCCUGUCAGAGUCUCCGACGUUGAGUAUGGUGUGUCAGUGGAGAAUGUUUUUACGGUCGAGUCAGACGUGAUUCCUUCAUUAGAUGACAUCAAGAAGUUACCGAACAAGGUCCUUUUAUGGUGUGGGUCUCGGAGCUCAAAUCUAUUGCGACAUAUCUACAAAGGAUUCUUACCCGCGGUCUGCUCUCUUCCGGUCCCCGGCUAUAUGUUUGGGAGAGCCAUAGUGUGUUCGGAUGCAGCCGCAGAAGCAGCUAGGUACGGUUUCACGGCUCUGGAUAGACCAGAGGGGUUUCUUGUAUUGGCCGUUGCAUCACUUGGUGAGGAAGUUACAGAAUUCACAAAUCCACCAGAGGACACAAAGACAUUGGAGGAUAAGAAGAUUGGAGUGAAAGGGUUAGGGAGGAAGAAGACUGAAGAAUCAGAGCAUUUCAUGUGGAGAGAUGACAUAAAGGUUCCUUGUGGACGAUUGGUUCCAUCAGAACACAAGGACAGUCCUCUCGAGUACAAUGAGUACGCUGUGUAUGAUCCGAAACAGACAAGUAUAAGGUUCUUGGUUGAAGUGAAGUACGAGGAGAAGGGAACCGAGAUAGAUGUUGAACCGCAGUAG